GAAAUCAACAAAGCGAACUCUGCUUGUGUUAUUUAUUAAAUCGGAUUUUAAUUGUGUUUUAUCGUUAAUUAUUAGUAAAAAAUAACAGUAGAUAAUGCAUUGGUGCCAGAUUUCAACUGACAGUGAUCAGUAUAACUACGAAUAUUUCUCUAACGAAGACGUAUGUAGAUUGUGUUGGAACAAAAACGCAGACAACGAUAUAGUAUUGAAAUAUGCGGAAAAUUCAACAGAAAUAUGUUUAUUAGAUAUAAUUAAAGACUGGUUACAAAUAGAACUGGAGGAUACACAUUUAAAUAAAGUUUGCGUUGACUGUUUGAACGAAAUAAAAAGGUUUUAUUUGUACAAAACUUUUUGCCAAGAGACUGACGCAAAGUUACGAAUAAUUCUACAAAAAGGCUUCGAGGAUACAAAAAUUAAAGAGUUAUCGUCUGAUUUAAUAAAAAGCGAAGACAUAGAUGAGGUUUACGACAAAAUUGAUGACAUAGACCCGUAUUUUGACGAUACUUUAGAAUACGUAGAAGAUACAGAAAAAAAGCUAAAAAGUAUAUCUAAAGUUAGGAAAAAGUAUUUGUCUAAACGUUCGCCUACUUAUUGUAAUAUUUGCUGUUUAGAUUUAGAAAGCAUAGACAGUAUAUCGCAACAUAAUGCAGAAUUACAUGGAAUAGAAAAUAAUGGCACGUUAUUCAAAUGUUUUGGCUGCGAAAAGCGGUUUAAAAGUCGAAAAACACGCAUAAGUCAUGAAGUUAAUUUCUGUAAAGGUUUAAAAGAUGGUUACAAGUGUACUAUCUGUGACCGGUUCUUACCAAAGAGGUGUACAUAUGAGUUUCAUAUGCGUGACCAUAGACAUAAUACUUUGACAGAGUUGCCCGAGCAUAUAUUUAAAUGUAGCAAGUGUGUGAAGCUGUUUAAAACUAAGGAAUUGUUGAAAUUGCAUAUGGUUGAACAUGGGAAAGAGAAGAAUUUCGUUUGCGAUAUAUGUGGUCGCGUGUUCACUCGACAGGACUACUUAUACAAACACAAGUUAACACACAGCGGAGUGAAGAGCCACCAGUGUCCGCACUGCGAGUUUCGAGCCACGCAGCGCUCCUCACUCACUGUACAUAUCAGAAAGCACACCGGUGAGCGUCCAUACAGCUGUGACAUGUGCCCACAGCGAUGCAUAUCCAGUUCCAACCUGCGCGCUCAUCGCAGAAGACAUCUCGGUGUCAAGAAGUAUGAGUGCCCAAUAUGCAGUAAGAAAUUCGGCUACAAAAUCAGUUUAGAAGAGCACAUUUCUUCAACUCACGUGAGGUCAGAAUCGCAUCCCUGUGAACACUGUGGCGCUACCUAUACUCGAGUCAGAGGUCUCCGGCGCCAUCUAGCGGCAAAACACGGCAAACAGGCGAAGAGCAAGAACGUAGAACAAAACCUGUUAGUUCAAGUGACGGAGACAGAUGGCGCUAUUCUCAAAGAAGUUGCAUACGAAUUGAAGGACGGAGAAAAUGUGUUAUUGUUAAAACACCAAGACGGUGAUGUGUAUAUGGUGUGAAUUAUUCAUUUAUUGUGCCAUGAUCAGUCCUAAAUGUACUGUUUAAUACUCAAAUUGUAUGUUCCAUGAAAUAAAUUAAUGUGAAUG